AGUUGGCAUAAAAAAAAUCUGGUCUUCGUGUCGUGUUAUUCAUUAAUUGCGCGUUGCUUUAAUUUGUGGGUGAGCAAAAUCGGAGCUCGGCGAUAUCGUCCAGUUGUGCAAUACUUGAUUUCAGCGGUAUCUGUAACUCCGUAAAUCCCUCUCCACUUGGAAAACCCAUUUUUGCAGCCGCAUACUUGCAGAUACACUUCACUUCGUUUCGAUUUUAUAUUCUCCCGACCACAAUGAAUCGGCAGGCGAAAUUCCUAAUCCUAUGCCUGUUUGUGGGGCUCUUCUCGGCAAAUUUAUGCGACGAAGCGGCAAAAACCACACCGGACACCACUACCACGCCUGUCCCAACGCCGGAUCCCAAGAACACCACUACAACGCCUGCUCCAACUCCGGAUCCCAAGACCACGACAACGACCCUUGCACCGCCGGAUACAAGCACUCCUUCGACCACACCGCCGACCACUCCGAAUACUACAACGACGCCAGCAACCACAACAUCUACCACUGACAAGCCCACUACUACCACCACUCCGGCCAGCACCACCACUACUGUGCCUACGACCACAACGCCCGUUACUUCCACCACUCCGCCGGCGAACGUGACCACAACAACGCCGUCGCCACAUACAUCGACCACUCCGGCGCCCAAGCCAGUGCCAUGCGGCCAUUUCGACGGAUCCUCGUUCAUCGGCGGCAUUGUGCUGACCCUGGGCCUGCUGGCCAUUGGACUGGUGGCCUACAAGUUCUAUAAGGCCCGCAACGAGCGCAACUACCACACCCUUUGAGCCGCCACCGCCUUUACGUCGGCCUUCAAUGCGGCAGCCGGAGCGGCGGCGGCCAGCAGCAGUGCCGCAUCAACGGAUGCGGAACGCGUGCGGUUCGUCCAGCCUUCGAUACCGCUAAGAUCGCCGCCGGCGCAGCCGCCUCCACCGCCACCCACCCAACUGGGCGGUGGCAGUGGUGGCGGGGCGGCGGCAGCUCCACAAAACUGCUCGCCAUCGGCCCGUGAUCGGCUGUUGCACACGUAAUUUAAACGCGGGGAACUACAGUAAAAUACCCAUAUAAAUGCUAUCCAAAGAGAAUCCCCGAUAUUCCCAGCACACAAAACACAGUCAAGUAAAGUAAAGUUCUUUAAUUCAAUGAUAACCCCCCAGAGCGGAUUUAAAGCGGGCCAGAUAGGAGCAGGCUCUAGGUUCUUAAAUGCUUUCCUCCUUAUCAGUCACAUGACGAGACCGACCCACAACACACACAACACACUCAGAAAGUAACACAAAUAUUUGUCUUUUAUGCAUUGCAUCCAUAUGUAGUAAGGAGGGUACGGUUUUUGCAAACAUCAGUUUAUCAGCAACUUGAGCGGAUGUUCAACGCCUUAUAGAGGAGCCGGCGGAGCCUGUCACAGGGCUCCAAGGGCGACCAUGAACAGAGAAAUGAGUAAUGAGAUCGUAACGAAACUGUAACGAAACUGAACGAAACGAGAGGAGUAAGAACAAAUAAGAGCAAAUAUGUGAGACUGCUUGAUAGCGAGAAAGUGAACAGAUCAGAAAACGGAAAGCGGCUGGCUACGGCUUUGUUUCUGGAAUUCAUAGAGCUACGAAAGGAAAUAUAUAAAUUUUGAUUAUAUUUACACAAUUUUGAAUAACUAAAAUCAAUUCAUUCUAGGAACUAAGAAUAUUUACUAUCUAAACCGAGCUAUACAAAACGGAAACGCGUUUCAAUUUACCUAUUUAGUGUGCAUUUUUACCCUUACCCUUACCUUCAUAAAAUUUAACGAUUGCGCUGCGUUUCCCCGGUCUUCGCCCACUUAUCGAUUAUCAUCCUCCUCAUCACCCCUCCCCCAAAUGCCGGGGUCUGUGGUAUUGCAAAAAAUCAAUAAAGCAACUCACGAUGCACAGCAACAGGAUGUACGGAUUGCAGUGCACGGUUGAUAUGCGUUUAUAUGCGAUAUAAACAAAUAUUUAUACUGCUGAAUAGAUUGCAACUGAGGAGCCACCCCAUGUUAAUGCAUAUACGCAAAUGUUGAAUAUUUUGUACUAGAAUUGAAACUAUACAUAUGAAUUACUUUUACCUACCCGCGCUUACUGUUGAAUAAAUACACCUUUGAAGCUACAAAUCGAUCACAUGAACCCGUCAAGUUUACGCGAAUGAACACUCUGUGCACAGGAAAAUCUCAUAAGUAUAUAAGCUAAAGUAACCAAUCAAUGUAUAUCCAGUAAAUCACUCAGCCGGCUUACUAAUAUAUAUAUAUAUAAAUAUAUCUAUGUCUGUAUAUCGUGUACGAUAAUAAAUAUUUUAAAAAUUUAAA